AUGGCUAACAGUUUGGAUGAGAGGUGCUUGCUUCGCAUUGUUGGGAUCGACAUGAAUCCAUUGCGAUCCGACGACCUGCAGCUUGCGAAUCUCGAACUGGCAUUGAGCACAACUACACCAGAGGGUGUGCUUUUUCGGAGGCCGAUGUUCUCGCAUCUGUCCGAUGAUCAUUGA